CACUCCGAACACGCGGCUCUGCGAGAGUGUCGACAAAUCGCAGAGUUUUUGCAGGCAUAUCGUACAGGUGCGUAUGGGCUGACCGAUUUACACAAUCCUUCUGGCUGUUCAAAGAAGCACGAGACAACUCCCUCUUCGUUAUUCGCUUUCUGUCAUUCUGCUUCAUUCUGCAACGACUUUAGUCGUCUUCCCUUCCGCAAGAGAAGACUGAAGGAAUCAGUUCCCUGCAGAAUACAUUGCACCUGCUAAUCGUAAGUGCCCGUGACGAUAGCACAACGACCACCAUAGUGAGGAUAAAGUUGACGCGCGGCCUGCAUAACUCACAGCGCAGCUACGAACCGUCGGUGACGGCGUCUUCACUAUCGUGCCCGCUGAAAGACCAGGAAGCAGUUGGACGGUAAACACGCGCACGAGAGGCCAGACCGUUCGCUAUCUGUACAAUUUUACGGAGGGCAAUCUUACGAGUGUAAACGAGCGAUAUCUUUACAAGAAGUUGUGCGGCUCGUGCACACUCCGAGGUGUUUUGCUACCUGUGCCUGAAAUUUCUGAAGAGAACAGUCAGCGGAGAGGUGCUCACGACCUUGUGCAAGAGUUCGACGCGUGCUCCUCGAUAGCCGAGGCCGAGAAGAGACAGUCCGAAAUGGCCCCGCUUGUAUGACUGUGGUGUUUCUGAAUCCAAUGUGCGCAAGCAACCUGGUCGCGGCGUCGAAGAAUAAAGCUCCUUAUUGGAAGCGCUCUGUUUUCGCUUGCGACGCCCGAGUGCGAGCUCACAUGGAACUGCAGGACGUACAUUUACCUUACCUCUACCAUUGAAAGAAAGGGGCAAGCGGCAACCAUCUGAUCGCCAGAGGCAUGGACCGUGCGGGUACGUCCAGCAAUGCCGCAUCCAUCAGCGGCCCGUCAUUAGCGACUUGCAGAAGCGAGAAGGUGAAAAUGGGAGAAUACAGUACGGCCCACAUAGAAGUUCGGGCAUUGCCUUUAGCAGCGAGGCUGCGCAAGUUUGCGAAAGAGCACCUGUUCCUUCUCUUAACGCUGGCCGGCGUCAUUGCUGGCGUGGUACUGGGCCUGGGUCUGCGCCACGCGAACCCCAGCGAAUCCACCAUUGUGUUGAUCGGCAUGCCUGGUGAGGUGUUCAUGCGGAGCCUGCGCAUGCUCGUGCUCCCCAUGAUGAUCGCCAGCAUCAUCACAGGCAGCGCCAAUCUGAGCGGCAAGGCGAAAGGCAAGAUGGCUCUGCUAACUUUUUCCAUCUUCAUCAGCACCAGCUUUGUGGGUUCCCUCAUCGGACUGGUGUUUGUGACAACGGUUCAUCCGGGCAAUCCAGACCUCAAGUCGAGCAUCGACGUCGUAGAAGAGAUCCGGGGUGAGCCCCAGAUACUGGACACGUUCUUGGAUCUCGUCCGUAACGCAUUUCCGGAAAACCUGGUGGAAGCCUGCGUUGAACAGGGUUACACAUCGUACGAGAGGAAAAAUCUCUCCAUUAGAGGAGAGCCACCGAAAGAAAUCGUUAAAAGGAACUGGUCACGAAGAGCUGGCACCAACUCCUUGGGCCUGAUUGUCUUCUGCGUUGUGUUCGGUGGCGCUCUCGGCACACUCGGACAGCCCGUUGAAAUACUCAAGCAAUUCUUCGCAGCUCUGGAUGCAGCCAUCAUGAAAAUCGUCUACAUAGUCAUGUGGAUGACGCCGGUCGGAGUGAUGAGCCUGCUGUGUGCCCGCAUACUGUCAGUGGCGAGCAUCGUAACGCUCUUCCAGCAGAUGGCGCUGCUCGUGGGCACCGUGCUGUCUGGCCUCGCCGUCGAGUUGUUUGUAGUCGAGUGCCUGCUCUACUUCGUCGUGACGCGAAAGAACCCGUUCAAAUUUCUCGGCGAGCUCGCGUACGUGGGACUGUGCGCCUUCGUCACGGCCGCCAGUGCUCCGGUCAUGCCGCUGUCACUGAAAUGCCUGGAAGAGAACUGUGGAAUCGACAGACGCGUCACACGGUUCGUGGUGCCCAUCGGCGUCACCGUGAACAUGAACGGCACGGCGGUGUUCAUUACGGUCAGCAGCAUCUUCAUCGCCCAGCUCAACGGCAUUGUCCUUACGUCGGGAGAUUACUUCGCCAUCGUAAUUUCUGCUACAGCUGUCAGCGUGGCCUCAACGUCCAUGCCAAGCUCGGCGCUGUUUCUUAUGGUGAUGACGCUGUCGGUCAUUGGUGCGCCGGUCAGUGACGUCAGCCUCCUCUUCACCGUCGAGUGGUUGCUUGAUCGCGCUCGGACGACAAACAACUGCCUGGGCGACUGCUUCACCUGUGCCUUGGUGGACCACAUCUGUUUCCGGAAAAAGACGUCGGAGCUCAGUGAGGUGGUCAUCGUGCACGACGAAGCUAGCGAGAAGCUGCAAGACUCGGCCUUGUGAAGACCUACGUUUCAAUAACACCGUGACCUUCUCGACCCGUCCGUGUUGCGUUUUCUCUACCAGUGAUAGUCGUCACAGUUAUAACGAUAGACUGACGCAUUCUUUUGGCACGUGAGCACUUCCUUGAACUGGUCUUUUGUGCAUCGUUCGAACAUUCUGUGGA